AUGCCGUCCAGAGCAGAAUCUAUGACCCGGAUCUUCCCAGGCACCUCGUCGCCUCUUAUAUGCAAUGCCCCCAUGGCCGGAGCCACGAAUGCUGCCUUAGCGGUGGCCGUAACUCAGGCCGGAGGUCUCGGCUUCAUCAGCGGAGGAGCCAAUUUCACUAAGGACUCCGAGGACGUCAAGCAGUUCCGCGCCCAGCUUGAUCUCAUCCGAGAACAGUUCCUCGCGAAGACUCCGCUACCCGUCGGGAUUGGAGCCCUCACCAUGAAGGCCGAUUCCUGGACCGACGACUUUAUCUCCCUCGUCGCUGAAUACCAGCCUGCUGCGGUCUGGCUCUUCGGCAACGAGCGUCGAGACCAGCACCAGAGGCUGAUUUCGGGGCUAAAAGCCGUCGGACGGGGAUGGGAUCUCCAGGUGAUCGCUCAGGUUGGUAAUGUUUCUAUUGCGCGCGAGGCCGUGCAUGACGGGAUCGAUAUUCUGGCGGUCCAGGGCACAGAUGCAGGGGGGCAUCAGUUUCGACAGGGCGCGGGUCUGAUGACGGUUUUGCCGGAGGUUUGCGAUAUGUUGGCCGCGGAGUUUCCAGGCAGACGGGUGCCGGUUCUUGCUGCGGGGGGCAUUAUGGAUGGGAGAGGAGCAGCGGCUGCGUUGGCUUUGGGAGCGGAUGGGGUUGUGAUGGGGACACGGUUUUUGGGCACGAAGGAAUGUCCGUGGUCGGACGAGAUCAAGGCUCGUCUCCUGGCUGCGGACAACGGUGCAUCGGCAACGGCCAAAUCACCCCUUCAUGACGUCGUCACCGGCAUGAAGAGCUUCUGGCCCGGUCAGUAUGACGGUCGAGCUCUGACCACCGAUUCCUUCGAGCAAGCACUGGCCGGCGCAGAUGAAGAGGAAGUCAUCGCGCGGUAUAAGGAGACUCUAUCAGGGACGGAUGGCCAUCUGCAUAAGGUGAUCUGGGCUGGUGCUGGUGUUGGACAAAUGACUUCGGUAGUGUCAACGGAGACGCUCGUCACGGACACGCGGGCGCAGUGUAACGACUGCCUGCAGCGGCUGGACCGGUCUAUGAGGGCAAAUUAG